AGAAAGAGAGAGAGAGAGAGAAGAGGGGAGGGAGGAGAAAGAGAGGAGAGGGGAAGGAGGAGAGAGGAGGGAGAAGGAGAAGGAGCGCAUCGCAUCGCAGGCGGAGCGCGUCUACAGUGGGACAGCCCCAGUGUUGGAGCCGCAGCGCCCGGACCCAGAGCCAGAGCCGGGCUGAUCGGCGUCUACAGCCGGCGGAGAGACUCGGCCUCCCGGGGGGUUGGGGGGGUUGAGACACUCGGGGGCGGCUGCUCUCUGUCUCUCUGUGUGAGAGCGUUGUACCGGGUCGUGGAGACAGAGAGAGCGAGUGUGAGUGUGAGUGUGUGAGCGCCGGGCUCGCUGGAUCCACGCUCGGCAUCAACAUGAGGAUCAACCCGGGAUUGUGUCCCCGCAGCGCGGCGCGAUUCCUGCUGCUCGCCGCUAUCCUACCAGUUUUCCAGGCACAGACGGUGACGGUGGACGAGAGUUUGUCGGCGUUUAUCGGCACCAGCGUGGUCUUGCGAUGCACCUUCGUCAACAACGAUCCCACCAUCAAAAUCACGCAGGUGACAUGGCAGAAGGCGACCAACGGAUCGAAACAGAACAUCGCCAUCUACCACCCCACGAUGGGCGAGUCGGUCCUGCCUCCGUACAAGCACCGAGUCUCCUUCAGAAACCCCUCUCUCAGCGAUGCUACCAUUGAGAUGUCCAGGCUGGAGCUCAUGGACGAGGGAGUGUACAUCUGUGAGUUUGCCACCUUCCCAACCGGAAACCGAGAGAGCCAGGUCAACCUCACUGUCUUCGCCAGGCCAGUUAUUGACGCUGAGCUGAGCCCGCACAUCAUCACAGCGAGGGCCGACCACCCAAGGAAGAUGGUGGUAGCAACGUGUACCUCUGCCAAUGGGAAGCCACCAGGCAUCAUCUCCUGGGAGACCAAGGUCAAAGGGGAGAAUGUGGUCAAAGAAUCUCGGAACCAGAAUGGCACCAUCACGGUGACCAGCGAAUACCGGCUGGUGCCCUCGCGAGAAGCCCACAAACAGCCCCUGACAUGUGUGGUCAACUACCAGAUGGAUCGCACCACUAGAGCGCUGGUUCUAAACGUGCAGUAUGAACCGGAGGUCACGGUGGAAGGAUUUGAUGGGAAUUGGUACCUGAAUAGGGAGAAUGUGAAGCUGACGUGUAAAGCAGAUGGGAAUCCACCAGCCAGUCACUAUCACUGGAAGAUGUUAAACGGGUCGCUGCCUGUAAACGUGGAACCACAGAACACCACCCUGCUCUUCAAAGGCACCGUGACCUACGACUUGGCGGGGACGUACGUGUGCGAGGCGACGAAUGCAAUCGGCACUCGGUCGGGGCUGGUUGAGGUCAAUGUCACAGACUCCCCUCAACCCCUACCAUCCAACAAAGUGGACAGAGCCAUAGUGACCGAGGGUCGGGAUGGCAGCAAGAGCGGAGUCAACAUGACGAUGAUUGGAGCCAUUGUGGGCGCUGGUGCGCUCCUCCUGUUGGUCGCCGUCAUCAUAGCGGUGGUGGUGGUGCGCAAACGGCAGCGGACCUUCAAGGGGGACUACAACACCAAGAAGCACGUCUUUGGCAACGGUUACGGCAAGGCGGGCGUGAGGCCACCCGGUCCCCAGCAGCUCCCCUACCCCGAGUCUGACGAGGACCACAAGCUCUCCUCCAUGAACGUAAGUUACGAGAACGAGAGGAAAGUUGUCCGAGACGGCGCCGACUUCGACACGGACUCCAAGCGCCCGUACUUCACGGUGGACGAGAGCGACACGCAGGAGGAACUGGACGAGCAGACCCUGAGCUUCCAGUAUCCGCCCGAUCUGACAGAGGACAUGGUCUCGCAGAACGACGGCUCCAUCAUUUCAAAGAAAGAGUGGUAUGUCUAGAGUGGUCGAGCUGAUAUAUGGGGCAAAAUCAGAGUGUCCAAACUCUAGCCUGGGUGGUCCCCUGUAAAGAACUCUGCAACAGCUAAGGUCUUAACGAUUACAUUACUGUUUUUUUUAUUUACAUUUCAUUCAACAACAACAAAAAAAAAAGUUCUAAAGACAAUGAUUUCAUAAACGUGACUUGUAUGUGCAUCACUAAUGAGGAGAGACCCACUCUUUGCCAGCUGGACUUGCUAAGAAAGCUGUUGCUUCACCACUAAACUCAACGGAUAACUUGUGCUAAACACUGGAAAGUCAGGCAGGCACUCUGUGGCUGCAUUACCUUAACCCUCAUUAUAUUAGCCAUUAAUUUAUAACCACUAACAUGGACAUGACUAAAUAACUUGCUCUUGUCGACCAGCCAGUGGUAACUGAACAUGGCGUGCAAUUAGCGACGUAUAAAACUCCACUCAGUGGAGGGGUUGUGGGGAAAACUGAUGCUCACUAACUCUCCAGCUGGUAGCUUCUGCAACUGGACGUUCCAUUAGCUGAAACCAGUCUCUAAAGGCCAAAUUUCUUUAAAUCGGACAUAACUCUUAACACCAUUCACAGUUCUGUUGGGCACCUUAAGUGACUUGUAAAUUUUUUUUUUAAGGUCACAGAAUUGUCAAUUUUUUUUUCGAAUUGCUUUGAAGCAAAAUGAAUUUGCCUGCAAGAAAAAAAAGUGAAUUUCAUUCAUUCCCCUCCUGAAUGGAGCCCCGGUCUGACAUUCCUGCAUGUGAGUUUGUGUUGCCUUAAGUGUCAAAAUUGUGUCCCUUUUCGUGGAGCUACCAUGGUGCAAGGAAGCGUUUCCUUUCACCAAUCCUGACAAACCUCUGCAGCAUUUUAAAAGACUGAGGUUCAAUCGUUGAGUCUAUCGAUGCAUGUUUCAAAGCUCUCUUGAACAAAAUGUUUGAUGUGCUCCAUUUUGUCUAAUGUCAGCUCUGUACUAUAAUGUAUAUUUCAUCAUAUCACAUUUAUAAUAGCACUUCGACAUGUCCAUCUCCAGUCUGGUUUGAUGUAAAUUAACCCCUAAUGUUUUUGGGAAAACAAAUAUGUCUCUCCCUUUCCUUACGGUCCCCAAUCAAUUGACUCUCGAUGGGGGUUGUUAGUGGAGGACAGGAGUGCAGUGUGAGGGAUAUGCAAAUGUUAGUCAGAUGGUUAGAAUAGUGAAGGAAUCAUCUGCUUACUAAUGAUGUCCAAAAUUGAAAUGCGUUAGUUGGUCAAACGACGAGAGAGGGGAGGGGGGGGGAGUCAAUCUUUCAACACAGGACCAGAGUCAUUGUCCGUUCUGGACCCUCAUGCUGGUCUGAUCCAGGAGCGAUUCGGAUUAGUCUAUUGUCACAAGCACCAGUGCAGUUGCUUAUUCACACGAAGCGUGUGAACUGAUCGGUCUACAUACAAUAACGUUGAACACAGCGAUUAGUGCAAUGCCAAGCCCAGACUGGUGCAAGGUUGCUGUGCAAUCUGAGGUGGUGUCAUAAAUAUAUACAAUGUUAAAGUGUACUGACUGAAUGAGGUGCGAGUGUGCUGUAAGAACUGAGUGCCAUCAGACAGCUGCAGAUGUGCCAAUUCUAGCCCAGCCAGCCUGUUCACCAAAUAAUGACUUACGACGUUCCAGUUUCGAUCCUCCUUUCCCGUUUUAAUUUGGUAAAUAAUUGCAGUCUGUCUGAUUGUGGGCAGCAGGUCUGUGCUGCAGGCAGCGUUACACCUCCCACAGAAUAACACAUGGGCAUUGUGCAGAGUAACAAACAACAUCCCAGCCUAGCAAGAUGCUAUCAGGCAGCACAGCACUGCCUUUGUUCCACAAUUGCUAAUGCAUUAAGUGUAACAUUUGAAAACCGCCUACAAACGCGGUGGCAAAAUUGUUAUCGGUAAAUUAUAAUUGUGACAUUGUACUGCUCUGGCUUCGAGACUGUGUCUCCUCCAGCCCAAGGAACAAAUCCCGAUCUAGCCUUCAGCCUUCUGUAGACAGAAAUGCAUGCAAAGCAAAGGCAGCUUGCCUUGUGAUGUUGAACGAGAGAGUGGUAGAGACAAGGGGACAAUGCGAGCAGCUGCCGAAACAGAGGGGCAGUGCCACAGAGUGAGGGGGUAGAGAGACUACACUGCUACCAACCCUUGGGAGAUACACGCAUAAAACUUGACAAGGCUAGAGGGGUGUCGGUUUUAUGGGGAGAAGGCAGGAGAAUGGGGGUAGGAGGGUGAGAUAGAUCAGCCAUGAUUGAAUGGCGGAGUAGACUUGAUGGGCCGAAUGGCCUAAUUCUGCUCCCAUCGCUUAUGACAUUUCAGUCCUGUACCCUUAUCAAAAUCAUGUUGGAGCACUGAACUGUGUCUGUGUACUGGUCGCGUCACUGAGUUACUAAGCCAGCAAAUGGUAAUAUUUGACAGUUUGAGAAUGUCUUCUGCAAAAGACAAGGAUCAGUAAAUGUGCAUGAAGCUCACUGAUUGCAACACAAUUGUCGCUGUUUCAACCACGUUCUUUUAAGAGAAGAAUCGAGCCGGCCAUCGCC